GUUAAGGGUGCCACGACCUCGCUAUGGCCCCGGCAGGAUUUGCGGGGAAGGCGUGCGUGUCCGCCUCACCUGCAGUACGUGGCGGCGGCGGCGGGGCGGCUUUGUGUGGAGUCCGGCAAGGGGCAUUAGGGAAGUGUUUGGAGCAAGGGUAACCGAGAAACCGUGUGAGUCGCUGAGUGGCCCGAGGCGGUCGGCUGCCCCUCUGCCCAGCGAGGGCUCUUCCACCCAGACGUUACCACCGGACGUUACCACCGGGCACCUGCCGUACGUGUUGCAACCCUCAUACCACCUCUCCAGAAAUAACCAUAACCUUUCUGCCUACUGAGGCCGUUUACUGAGGGCCCACUGAAGCGGUCGCUGUGCAUAGCUUCAGUUCUUACAACAGUUCUGCAAGGACAAUGCUUGACACAUGGUAGGCUCUCAAUAUUUAUUGGAUGCAUGCAUGAAUGAAUUAACCUACACUGUUCCAAAAGGUGAGGAUCACAAGCUACUGCGUGGAGGAGGUGGAGGGUACCUUACGCGUGGCAGGUGGCUUCCAUGUGUAUAUGUCUCUACGGAUUCUCUCCCUGGUAGGCUGCUCUCGCACCAGCGUUCCCUGCCAGUCAUGGAACUUCCAGAAGCUGAGGAGGCAUGCUCCAAGUUUCUGGACCAGCAGAGCUGAGGGUACCCAAACUUGUACUGAGGCAACUCUACUGAGGUCAGCCCCAUGGCUAUUCCACAUGGUUCAAAUGAAACUUCCUAUUUGCUACCUCCAAACAAGGAGGACUGGGGAGGGCACGGCAUUCCUGACUUUGUCUAUGGGCAGAAGGAACUCGUGUCAAAAGGGAUUCAGUGGCCAAGGAACAGACCCAGCCUUCUGGACACACUGCCACUGUCUCGCUUUGACUCUGCCCUCUGCUUGGCCUGGAGGCAGCGGAUGGAGCUGGGGCUGUUCCGCUACUGUCUGGGGGAGUUGCAGACCCAAACCCUCCCUGGUGCCGUGGGUUUUGUGGCUCAGCUGAAUGUGGAACGAGGUGUGCAAAGAAGGAGCCCCCAGAACAUCAGGAGCGUGAGGCAGGCGUUUGACCCUGAACAGUUUAACUUCAACCAGAUCCGGCCAGGAGAAGUCCUCUUCCGCUUGCACCGGGAGCCUGAUCUCCCCAGUGCUCUCCAGCAAGACGACAUCCUUGUGGUGAUCAAUGUCAGCCCCUUGGAGUGGGGCCACGUGCUGCUGGUGCCCGAGCCCGCCCGAGGGCUCCCCCAGCGCCUGCUGCCAGGGGCACUGCAGGCCGGGGUUGAAGCUGUGCUGCUGAGCUCACACCCAGGCUUCCGAGUCGGCUUCAACAGUCUGGGCGGCCUGGCCUCAGUGAACCACCUCCACCUGCAUGGCUAUUACCUAGCCCACAGACUGCCCGUGGAGGGGGCCCCAAGCGAACCCCUGGAUCCUGGGGGCCGUCUGCACCUGCUCCAGGCCCUCCCAGCUCCUGGCUUCCUCUUUUACACAAGCGGGCCAGGGCCCGACUUGGAAGCCUUGGUAAGCAGGGUAUGUCGGGCCACUGACUAUCUGACUGACCACGAGAUUGCACAUAACUUGUUUGUGACCCGGGGGGCUCCACCUGGAAAGACAUCAUCUUCCUCAGCCCUCACGGGGGUCCGAGUAAUUCUUUGGGUCCGGAAGUCCAGCUUUGGGAUAAAGGAAGGCGAGGCCUUCAAUGUUGCCCUCUGUGAGUUGGCCGGGCACCUCCCUGUCAAAACGUCCCAGGACUUCAGCAGCCUGACAGAGGCUGCAGCUCUGGCCGUCAUCCGGGACUGUCUGCUGCCCCCAGCCCAGGCAGGAGAGGUGCAGGCAGCACUGGUGGCCUUGAUAGCCAAGGAGGAGCAGUAAUCCUUCCAGAAGUAUUUAUUUUGUAACCGAUCUAAGUCUCUUUCCGGAAGGCUGUCCAUCAUGGUCAUGUGGGCACUUUCAUGAAUGCCUUCUCACCUGUCUCAGCCUAAGGGGAAGGAUAAAGAACUGGUAAGUGGUCUCUUUAAGGAGGAGGAACCUUGGAAUAAAUCGAAUGAAUGAGCCCUCAUGGAUGUAUCUGCUG